AUGUUCUUUCUCAAGGUCAACUCUAUCUCUAUACCAAAUUUCAUUAAAAUCAGUUCAGUGGUUUUGGUUAGUCACAGUAUUAAGUAUUAUAAAAAUGUGAGAGAAGGCACUAGGGCUACAAAAUCAAACGUCAAGCCUUACUCCAUCCUUAAAGCGGCGUCGGAUUGGACUAUAAUGAUGGACACGUAUGAAAAGCAAUAUAAAAUCCCCGAGGAUAUUUGUGCGUCGGCCUCCAGACCGGAUAUAUUUCUGUUUUUUAAAGCGCGUAGUGAUGUAGAGCUUACGGUCCCUUGGGAAACCAACAUCCCCAAAGACCAUACCAUCAAGGUCAACAAAUAUUACGAGCUCACAAACGAACUCACUCGAAAUAGGUUCGUAGUAGAUUUGUACGCGGUAGAGGUGGGAGCGAGAGGUAUAACAGCGAAAUCUCUCUACAACCUACUAAAGGACUUGGGCUUGUCUAGAACUCACAUUAAUGCAUUCUUGGAACGUAUAUCGAAGGCAGCCCUAGUAGGUUCUUUUCAAAUUUGGUUAGGUAGAGAGAGGAGCUUGGACAGUGGAGGUGAGCGUAUAACGCGCGUUAGUUAA